AUGGAUUCUGUAAUACAGUAUAAUUUCCAUAUCAACAUAUCAUUUCAAGAAAACGUGGAGGUUCGGGAUCUAACACUUAUGAUUACAGCAGGAGGUCACAAGCUGGAAAACGACUCACAGAUUUAUCUUUCCUCACUCAAUCACACAAAGCACCAACUUCACUCCUCUGAACAAAGCGAAUCGAAAAUACUCGUAAACAUUAAAAGAAAUGAGAGCGUUUUCCUUACGGUAGAAGGAAAUUACAGCAUCACAGCAAAAAAAGGAACAUCUGGACCAAUUAGGUCUUCCUUGCAACUGAAUCCAAUUCCACCAGAUACAAAGAAAACCAGUUUAUUUACCAUGCACUCUGAAAGUGUUGUCCAAGAAUGGCCCGAGUAUAAUAUAUCUCUUCCUAUGCCAAGUGUAUUACACCUGAAAAACCUGACAACAGUCAAUGUCAAAAUAGAUUAUCCUUCAGAGAGUGUCACAGAUUCAUAUCUCAAACUGUACAUGCCAACAAAUUGUGAUGACUGUGAAGAUUUUGAAGCCCGAAUGUCAGUUGUGAGUUUUAAGAUGAUUUCCCCAACCAACCUUCGUGGAAAGGACAACUACCUAAGCGAGACUAGGACACUUGAAAAUAACGCAGCCUUAUUUAUGUUCGAGGACGAUAAGAUAGAUGGUAGUCCUGGUUCUGUAACAUUUGUUGCUAUUUCAGAAUUAUUGGAUUACAGAGGUUUUCAGCAUGGAAACAUUCUCGAAGAAGCAAUUGGAUACAAAUUCAAGGAUGAAUUCAUCUGGAUAGGAAAAACAAAUAUCACUGUGACUGAUGAUCAGGAACCGAACGCCCCUGAUUUAGAAAUAUCUAUGACAGAGUUUUCGACUUUUGAGAAAUUAGGGGAUGUUACUCAAAAGUUGCGGACAAGCUUGGAUCACAGUGUGAAUUCCACAGGAAGUGCUUAUGAUGUCACGGUCAUUUUUUACUUUCCACCAGAACUACAGUACGUCAGAUACUCGCAUUAUCUUCAAAACGUUGUGAGAAAACCCGAGCUUACCAUCGACGAAGACGGAAAGACAGUUAAAUUCAAUAUUCCAAGGAUGUCCUUUUUACACUCGAGCAAAAUCUUUUUUAAUAUCUCCUACAAUGUAAACACAUCGGUGUUAGAGGGACAGCGGUUCUUCAGUAUCGUAUAUGAAGUGGUGUAUAGAGGCUGGAAUGACACGGGGGACAAAAGUACAGCCUUACAUGCGCUGACAUUUGUGCAGGGCGAACCGAAGAAAGGUAUAGAAGAUAGAUUUUUUUACUGUCAAUGUCCAUGGAAUUCCAAACAGAAGUGUGCUUGUUGCAAACCAGGCCAGUGUCUUUGUCUCAAAACUAAAGACCCAGAAAUGUGCGGACCUUGUAAAAAUCCAUGUGUCUGUACCAAUGAAAUUAAGUUUUUAUCUCCCGUGGUAUCAGCAGUGCUUAGUCUAGAUAAGGAGACAGGGUUCCUGUAUGGGAUAAGUAACAACGGUAAGGGUUACGUCAUGAGUGAGGAUGACGGAAUGACAUGGAUGUCAAUACCAACAAAUAUUUUCAGAGCCUCCAAGAUGAACUCGGUGGAUUUAAAGUAG